CUGCUAUAUCCCCAGCUGCCUCGUCCUCUGCAGUGGCUGAGGACCAUGGCGUUGCAGUUUGAAGCCUUCUGUGCAGGGGGCCUGGCCCCAGGCUGGAGCCUGACAGUCCAGGGACACGCGGAUGCUGGAGAGGACAAGUUUGAGAUCAACUUCUUGACCGACUCGGGAGACAUUGCCUUCCACGUCAAACCCCGAUUCUCCAGCGCCACGGUAGUGGGCAACGCCUUCCAGGGAGGACGCUGGGGACAGGAGGAGGUGUCCAGUGUGUUCCCGCUGACCCUGGGAGAGCCCUUCGAGAUGGAGGUGAGCGCGGACGCAGAACACUUCCACAUCUAUGCCCAGGAACAGAAGGUUCUCCAGUUCCCACACCGUCACCGACCCCUGGCCACCAUCACCAGGGUGCGCGUGCUCAGCGACCACCAGCUGGCCCAGGUGGAGCUGGCCAAGCGGAGCCUGAGCUGGGGGGACGGGGGCUACUGAGCGGAUGGACCACAGCCUGCAAGAGCCAGCCUUGGCCGUCCUGUAUCCAUCCGG